GCCCCUAGCCGCCGCGCGCCUCUGAGGACACGCACUUCCUGCGACGCCUCGGUGUGCACCUUAUCCGAGCGGAGCCGAACCACCUAGCCGAGCCCAGCCCUUGCAAGCAGUUCGCAAUGGUGGACGAGCUGGUGUUGCUGCUGCACGCGCUCCUGGUGCGGCACCGUGCCCUGAGCAUCGAGAACAGCCAGCUCAUGGAACAGCUGCGGCUGCUGGUGUGCGAGAGGGCCAGUCUCCUGCGCCAGGUACGUCCGCCGAGCUGCCCGGUGCCCUUCCCCGAAACGUUUAACGGCGAGAGCUCUCGGCUGCCCGAGUUUAUCGUGCAGACGGCGUCUUACAUGCUCGUGAAUGAGAACCGAUUCUGCAACGACGCCAUGAAGGUGGCAUUCCUAAUCAGCCUCCUCAGCGGGGAAGCCGAGGAGUGGGUGGUGCCUUACAUCGAGAUGGAUAGCCCCAUCCUAGGCGAUUACCGGGCCUUUCUUGAUGAGAUGAAACAGUGUUUUGGCUGGGAUGAUGAUGAAGACGACGACGACGAUGAUGAAGAGGAUGAUUACUAGGCCUGUAGCCUCUUGGGCCUAGAGGGGGAGAGCCCUGCACGCCACUUCCCCCCCUACCCUGCCACUCCUUGAGCCGGCUGUACUCCUCCCUGCGCUCUGGUCCUAUCCCCUUGCCUGUCCUCCUGUUCUCUCCUUUACCCCCCCCCCCCCAAUAGUGCUUGUCUUUGUUCCAGGAAUAGCGCUCCAGUUACCUGCUGCCUGCACUGGGGCUGGGGCUGGCCUGGGCCUUAGCCCUAAAGCGCGCUGCCAUCAACUCUGGCCAGUCCUUGUACCCUUGUCCUCCUAGUCUGAACUGUGUCCUGAGCCCCAUCAAUUGGCCAGGCACCUAUUAACACUGACCAGAUCACCCACCGUCCUGCUGCCACCACCCACCCAACUGCCAGGCCUACGUCUGCCCAGAGACCUGUGUUGCAACGUUACCACCACGUACCACAUCCCACCGACAGACUUCUGCCUUUGGAGAUAAGGACCAAUAUAGACUAUACCUGAGUUUGCUACACUUCAACAGACACUGAUUUGGACAGCUCACCCACCCCUAAAGGGGCCAGUCUAACCGCCUGGUUAGUUCUCUGCCUACUCCCAGGGUCCUUCCCUGCCCUAUCAGAUUGCUGCUGGAGCCUGCUGUGCCUGGCAGCCCAAAUGUUGACAUUUCUUUUCUCUUAUGCACUGGUUUUGCACAGCUGUCAUUUUUAAUUCAGCAAUUUCACAGACGUUCGCAUUUGGACAAAUAAUUCUAAAAACAAGCAAAUAAACAAAAACAGGCACUUAGCUGAGCUCCUCUAUACUACCUGGAAAAAGCAUUUGCAUUCUUUUCAAUAAACAUCAAGCACUACAAAAAAAAAAAAAAAAGGAAAGAAAAAAGAAAAAAAAAUGAUUGUCUUUUAAUGAUUAAGUGCUGUCAUUGACUUCUGACUCUCAUUCUAUCCCCAUUAUUCCCACUGAGAUCGGGGAACCCCAGUAUAUCCCCUCUGUAAUCUCUAGACUACACAGGACAGCAACCUUAGGGCUUUGUAGGAAUUCUGGUGCUCCCCUCACCCUGGUAUUUCUUAGAACCUUGGUGAAGGGGGUCCUCUGCAGCAUCCAAGGUGAGGGUGGCUGAGUAAGUAGUUCAUUUUCCCAAAUCUGGACACUUUUGAGAAUGAAAGUGGUCACUAUUAAUGAUUGCACUGAAACACCGGCAUAUACCUGGACACAAAAAGUUCCUACUUCUCUGAGUUUUUGGAUUCCUUAGCACUAUUAGGGAAGUUCUGCUCCUUAGUCCUUGCUGUAUGUGGGCUGUUGUUGAGUUCAUGCUCCAAUUGAAUGUGUCAAUAUAGCACAUGGUUUUAAUGCUAUUUCUAGAUGCUUAAGUUAAGUCUUGUAUCCUGGGUUAGUGCACCCAUAGUGAAUAUGGCCUCAUCUUAACAUUUCUCCUUCUUCAGCAGUUAGAUAUCCUUAAAAUUCUCACUCAUUCCCGUGUCUGAGAUUCCUGCCUUUACAAGUUGGAAAGAUGUUUAAUUACCUCUGUACCAGAUCUUGUGCUGCUGCUUGGGCUAUGUUGAGAUCUCUGGAUAUGGAGGGUUCAGAGGCAAUGGAAAGGUUGGGUGGGGUGGGUGGUGAGAAGAAUCUGCAUGCCUUUUAAGUCCACUAACCCAGGUUAAUUCACUUAAAUAUUUAAAGCAGAGAAGCUUUGUAGGAGCCACCUCUGGCAGCCAAGAAGGCGCAAGAGGGUUUGAGGAAUUCAGAGUUCCCAUUCUCAUAUCUACCUGCAUGUCCUCAUGUUUCCAUGCCUGGAGCAAACCCACCCUUAGGACUUCUAGUUGAUUUGAUUUUCUUACUGUUGAAGGCCUUUUGAAGCAGAAUAUUCUUUUAUUUGUAGUGGUAAACCUCAGUGGAUUAAAUGAGACACUUGUCAUCAUAUUAGUAACCUUAUAGGUGUGGAUUAAAUGAGAUCUACCCAUAAGGCAUUUAAAGCUGCCCCUGCUACAUUUUGAGCGCUCAGUAAACAUGAACUGUUACCCCUAGACUUGGGAAGCAAAGUCUCAGGUAGCAGUUUUCUGACUGUGAGCUUGGCUUUAGUUGGUAAAUGUCAGGUGAAUAGGCGCAGAGCAGGUUCAGGGAGAGUGGAAAUAUCAUGAUAAGAUUCUGUUUACUCUUUGGGGACUGACAUGAAGCCAGAAAGAAAACCAUUUUACCUGGUGAACAGGCAAAGUCCAGUGUAGGAGUCAUUUCUUGGGCUUAGGACAGACGUUUCUGGAGAGUGACAACAGAUAUGCCUUCCCAAAGAAAGCUGAGGCCUGGCUGUGGAUGAGAUCUGGGCCUCCUUCCAAACCUGAAUAAAGAUGAUUACUGGUGAUCUAGGAUUCAUGAAACACUUCCCUUGGUCUCCUUGGAAAAUAUACCAAGAUCCUUGGAUGUGGGACAUAUUAAAUUUGAGACAAUGUGUAUGAGGCCAGAUAAACAUACCUUUUUCCUCACUAGAUAGGACUCAAACUGGGAAUGGCUGUGGAAAAGUGGUAAACAGGAGCUGAAAGUUAGGUAAAGGUACCAGUGAGACCAAAAAAUCAGCUAAUUCCAAAUGUAUCAUUACCUAGGUAUUCUGAGAUGAGCUAGUGAUACAUUGAUGAGUGAAAUGUGGUUCUUACCCUUAUAGACUACUGAUUUCAAGGUGCCUUGAGCCAGAAUUGGGAUGAUAACUAUUGAUACAUCAGGCAGGGCCGUGAAGAGAUUAGGUCUGAGAGUGCCACCCUUUGGGGAUGGAAGUUGAGGACAUGAGAUCUACUCCCUACCACUGAGCCAAGAGAACACAUACUCUGAGGAAGGAAGGGGUCCCUGAUCAGCAAGGAUGCCAUGCCAAGGCCAAGUAGCAUUCAGGAGAGCUGGACUAAGGAGGUGGGUGACCAGAAAUGCACAUUUCCUGAGUAGUGUGCAUGUUUGUGCGAUGUUGCCAUGACCUUGUUUGUCUACCCAUUUACACAUGUGUGUAAGUUAGGUCAUGUGCUUCGCGCAUCAUGGUUAAAUAGGUUAUGCUGUGACCUGCAGGAAGGAAAGUCUGACACUGUGUACCUUGGGGGCAGAUUCCACAAUGAGAGCAGAUACUGGCAAGGGCUCUACCCUUUGGGGAGGAAUUUACAAAAAUAGUCUAAGGCAUUGAGCAAGAGAAGGAGGAAGUAGACAUGCACAUUUGCAGAUAAAAGCAACACUUAGAUGAAAACGAUCCAAGUUAGUGGGAAUGCUGAAAUAACAACUAUGAACUUCUCACUCCUAAAUCCUCAUCUUGGGGAUGCUAAUAUUGAAAUGGUCACUAAACUUGAAGUGUUCACUGAAAUUAUACUAUUGUUGAAAUUAAAGCAAUCAUAUUAAAGGCCAUGAUCAUUUAAUCAGAUUAAAUCUAUCACUAUUCUUUGGAGUUUAUUCAAAUAGCUAAGUACUACCAUCCAUUAAUUCUGUAUUGCUGUGUUUUGGAGAAUGAUACAAUAGAAUAGAAUAUGUACAUUGUAUAUAUUUGAUUAUUUCCUGCUCUUGAAACAUAGUGAAAACCUCAGCAAUCUGGAAGAAGACUGGCUAGAAGGAGAAAUCUUGUUGAAAUUAGUGGUCUAUUUGCAUUUAAAAAAUGAACUUUCAAAGAUUUUUCUAUAUUCUUAAAGCAAUUAAAACAAACCUGAAUAAAUGAGUGUCAAUUUAA